CAUAGUUCUAAGACUGGGACAUCCCAGGGAACAACACAGGCUGACGUUAUCACAACACAUUACUGUCACUGUCAUUUCCUCCUCGUGUCUGUGACACUGUCACACUUUCUCCUGUGCCACGGGCCCUCGUGUGCCCCCCCCCCCUCGACCCACGGCUCGGUACCUGUGUCUGGAACCGUGGUGCCAGAGUGUGUCCGCUAGACCUAGCAGUGUAUCGAUUAGACGAAAGAUUUCCCUCGCAGGCCGGAGGACAUCGCUACGGUGAUGGAUUAACUCCCUUAUUGUCAGUAGACCAGUCAGUGGCCAGUUGGUCUAGUGAUACGUUCUUCUAGUGAUACGUUCUUCUAGUGAUACGUUCAUCUAGUGAUACGUUCUUCUAGUGAUACGUUCAUCUAGUGAUACGUUCUUAUUUUAUUCACCUGGAUUCCAAAGUGGUUCGAUUACUAUAACACGCAGGGUGUUGUGGAACUAGCCACUGUCCAUAGGACGCAGCCGGAAAAUGCCGGCAUUGGACGUCAUGGAAACUCUGGGCCGCCUGAGACGGGCGGCCAUGGACACGGUGACGACGACCGAGCCAGCAGACGAUAUCACGACUGUAGCAGACGAGGAGAGCAGUGGCGGGAAGAGCAAGUUCGAUGACCUCAAGGAUACUAUCAUGGGAGAGAUUGAGAAAUUGCCAAUCUGGGCCAUUAUACUCAUCAUCGCGGGGGCGCUGCUGUUUCUGAUCUGCACCGUCUACUGUGUCUGCCGGAGAUGCUGCAGGAAGAGGAAGAAGAAGGAAGGCAAGAAGGGCCUGAAAGGUGCAGUGGAUCUCAAGAGUGUGCAGCUCCUGGGGAACUCUUACAAAGAAAAGGUCCAACCAGAUCUGGAUGAACUUCCUGUCAACAUGGAGGACAAUGAAGAUGCUGAGAGCACCAAGUCAGAGGUCAAGCUAGGCAAACUUCAAUUUUCUCUGGACUAUGACUUCCAGAAAGGAGAGCUGUCUGUCAAUGUGAUCCAAGCGGCAGACCUCCCCGGCAUGGACAUGUCCGGCACCAGUGACCCGUAUGUCAAGGUCUACCUGCUCCCAGACAAGAAGAAAAAGUACGAGACCAAAGUCCAUCGAAAGACGUUAAACCCAGUCUUCAAUGAGAGCUUCACCUUUAAGGUUCCCUAUGCUGAGGUCGGCUCCAAGAUCCUGACAUUUGCUGUGUAUGACUUUGAUCGCUUCUCAAAGCACGACCAGAUUGGCCAGGUUCAAGUACCCCUGAAUUCCAUCGAUCUCGGCCGAGUUGUUGAGGAGUGGCGAGACUUGCAGUCACCAGACACUGAAUCUGAGAAGGAAAACAAGCUGGGCGACAUCUGCUUCUCAUUGCGCUAUGUACCCACUGCAGGAAAACUUACUGUUGUCAUUCUUGAAGCUAAAAAUCUGAAAAAGAUGGAUGUAGGCGGCCUGUCAGAUCCCUAUGUGAAAAUAUCUCUGAUGCUCAACGGAAAACGGGUGAAAAAGAAGAAGACCACCAUCAAGAAAUGCACUCUCAAUCCUUACUAUAAUGAAUCUUUUACGUUUGAAGUUCCAUUCGAACAAAUUCAGAAAGUUACACUCAUCAUAACCGUGGUUGACUACGAUCGUAUCGGAACCUCAGAGCCGAUUGGACGAUGUGUGCUUGGCUGCAACUCCUCAGGAACCGAGCUCCGACACUGGAGUGACAUGCUGGCCAACCCACGACGCCCUAUAGCACAGUGGCACACACUACAGGAAGUGCCAGAGAAAAGCUAAAGAGACAAGGCAACAGGCUCCUGUGACCAGUAAAAAAACUAAGAGGUUAUCAUUCUACUUGAUGAGAAUGAAUUUGAAGAAUCAACCUAUGAUGAGAAAACAUAAUCCCUAUAGUUUCUUGAUUCUAUAUCAUUAAUUUUUUUCAAUUCCUUUUUAUUGGUAGCAUACAACAUAUACUUCAAAAGUCUGUCAAGUGUUUUUAGUUUUUCAACCACAUGGGAAAUCACUCUCAUCACCAAGAAAA